AUUUCCAAUUCCCUUUCGUUUAAAUUCAAACUUUCCUUUCUCCCACUUCCAUUCGAUCGAUCACAGAAAUAAAAACUUGUCUCUUGCUCUCAAACCAUCUCCACUUGAACUCUUCUCACUUCAAUCACUUUCUUCCACCUAUUCAAUCCUCCAUUUAACAAUCGCCCUUUUCCACUUCGAACAUCAUAAAUAUGUCUGCCAUGAAUCUUGAUCGCCCAUUAGACGACAUCAUCUCUGAAAAACGCAAGCAACGCCGUCCGGCAGCUGUCGCUCGUCGCGGUGGUAAAGCUAACCAUACCACCGGGCCCAUUCGACACGGUCGCACUACCACUCGACCCCAACCUGUCGCGAUGGCGGCCCCUGCGGCCAAGAUCCUUCAGCUUCCCGCUCAAAUGGGUCAAGGCAGCAAGAUCAUCGUGUCGAACUUGCCUACAGAUGUGACUGAGAAUCAAAUCCGAGAACUUUUCUCUACUACUGUCGGUCCAGUGAUGAAAGUUGCCCUCAGCUAUGAUAAUCGAGGUCAAUCAAAAGGCACGGCCCAAGUCGAAUUCAAGAGAAAUGACGAUGCCACAAAGGCGUUUCAACAGUACAACAAGCGCCUUAUCGACCAGAAUCGACCCAUGAAAGUAGAAAUCAUCCUCGACCCUGCUCGCAUUCCACCUCCGCCUUUGUCAACUCGCGUGGCUCCUGCUCCUAAGCCAGCUGUUUCCGUCAGGCAAGCUGCUCCCGCUGCCGGUCAGCCACGUCGAACCGGAGGCAAGCCACGAGGCAAAAACAACAAGCAACCACCAAAAUCUGCCGCUGAUUUGGACGCUGAGAUGGAAGACUACCAGAAAGCCAAGGAAUAAGCGUGCAACGAUGCUCUCGUGUCCGCAGAAAAAUCGAACACCCUACGUCAAGUAUCUGACAGUUUUUCUCGCACAUUCAUCUUUGUGCGUCCGAGGUGCAUGGAGAUCACGUCGUCAAGACUUGUUUUAUGAGACUCUAGAAAAUCAAUCGUGCUUCCUCAUACCUGCGGCCCUGUUACUUUCAAUUUUGUUCUUUGUCUGAAUCCACGAAAUGUAUUUUCUCUUUGCGUUUGAAUGGUGAUCAUGAUCUUUCAUUUCGGUCAUUGUACUCAUGCUCAAUUACUGCUGACCCCCCACAUCUUUUCGAACCGUAAAGACUUGAAGCUAUUCAAUUGGUGCUUUGAUACUUGCACGUUGUCUUGACUAACUACUAGGAGCGCAUUAGCGAAAUGUGAUUCUAUUAAUGACUUGUUAUCUGUACC